GCGGAGAUGAUGACGACGGAGGAGGAGGAGCUAUCUGCAGGGGAAGAGGAAGAGGAGGAGCUGGAGAAGGCUCCGGAGAUCGAUUACGUGUUCAAGAUCGUGGUGGUCGGGGAUUCCGCCGUGGGGAAAACUCAGGUGCUCGGGAGGUUCACCAGAGACGAGUUCUGUUUCGAUUCCAAGUCCACCAUUGGAGUCGAGUUUCAGACUCGGACGAUUACCAUCAACCGCAAGAGGAUCAAGGCUCAGAUUUGGGAUACCGCUGGACAAGAAAGGUAUCGGGCGGUCACCAGCGCUUACUACAGAGGUGCUCUGGGGGCAAUGUUGGUCUACGACGUUACAAAGAGGCAAACGUUCGAUCACGUCGCGAGGUGGCUCGAGGAGUUGCGAGCCCACGCCGACAACUCCUUGGUCAUCAUGCUGAUCGGGAACAAGGCCGACCUCACCGGUCAAAGGGCCGUCUCUAAGGAGGACGCGGUGGAGUUCGCGGAGGAACAGGGGCUGUUCUUUUCAGAGACAUCAGCGCUAACCGGAGACAACGUGGAGACCGCGUUCUUAAUGCUUAUAGAGGAAAUCCACGGGGCGAUCUCCAAGAAGGCCCUGGAGUGCGACGAGGGGAGGUCGAAGGAUGAUCACAGCGACGUGUUGAUGCUACAAGGAACCAAGCUGGCGGUUUUAUCGGAGGGAUCCAUGAUGGAGACUAGCGCCAUGAGAAAGGGGUCUCCAUGCGCUUGUUCGUAACGUCGGCUCCGAGCUCGAUCGGAGCGUACUGUACUUAUUUGGUUCGAGGCUUUGGCGUGUUUCUAUUGAGUUUAAAGGUUUGAAAGAAUGUAUUAAUUUCUACCAAAAAAAGAGAGAGAGAGAGAGAGAAAUGUGUUUCCUUCAGCACAAGUAUAUUUGAGAAUUUAUGCGUUUAAAAUGCCUA